UCGAGAUCGCUUCGUCUCGCGCAUUCGGCCGCUAGCGAAACGCGCGCGUUUUCUUAGCGUUUUUGUACCGCCUUAAAGCGGCGAUUUUGUGUGCUUACAAGUGCUGACGCAAGUGCUGUUGAUCCAAACCGAUCCGAUCCGUGCCCGAUCCGCUGUUGAGCCGCAAAAACGCGUUGUGUUGCAUCACGACUCGAGAAUGAAGAUGCAGCUUCGUGUGUUUAGCCUGGCUUUGAUCGCCCUAAGCCAGAGCUACUUUGCCCAAGCCCAGGGCUACGACUAUCCCCAGCCGAAGGUGCCCUUCACCGAUGGAUAUUCGUACCCCCAGCCAGCGAUUCCGUUCCCACCACCAGCCCCGAAAGUGGUGGUGAGCAGUGGCUACUCGUACCCACAGCCAGCCAUUCCGUUCCCACCACCGCUGCCUAAAUACACGCCUCCGGUGCAGCAGAUCAUUCCGCAGGAGCCCAAGUUGGUUAGUGGAUACUCGUACCCCAAGCCAGUGGUUCCGUUCCCACCGCCCACGCAGCCACCGCAGAUCAGGGUGACUGAAGGAUACGCCUACCCCACGCCCUCGAUUCCCUUCACACCACCGCAGCCGAAGCAGGGAUACGAUUACCCCAAGCCCGCUGUUCCGUUCCCUCCACCAACCAACCCACAACCGCAGGUGAAGCAGGGAUAUGACUACCCCAAGCCAGCCGUUCCGUUUCCACCACCGACUGCUCCACCACAGAAGUACCUGCCACCAGUGACCACAACUCCUGCUCCACCACCACCACCACCGACGAUCAAGUACCUGCCACCUCCGCAGGCAAAGCAGGGAUACGAUUAUCCCAAGCCGGCUAUCCCCUUCCCGCCACCCACGAACCCACCACAGAAAUACCUUCCUCCCGUUGUGCCCACCAGUCCACCAGUGCCAAAAUACAUUCCCCCACCCACUCCCACCUACAUUCCACCUCCACCAAAGAAGCAGGGAUACGAUUACCCCAAGCCAGCCAUUCCAUUCCCACCACCCACGGCUCCACCACAGAAGUACCUUCCUCCCGUCACCACAACCCAAGCACCACCACCACCACCCAAGUAUCUGCCACCACCUCAGGUGAAGCAGGGAUACGACUACCCCAAGCCAUCCAUUCCAUUCCCACCACCCACGGCUCCACCACAGAAAUAUUUGCCACCUGUGACCACCACGAAAGCACCAACACCACCACCUACGCCCAAAUACCUGCCACCACCACCACCUACUCCCAAAUACCUACCUCCCCCACAAGUCAAGCAGGGAUACGACUAUCCCAAGCCCGCCAUUCCAUUCCCAGCACCCACUAACCCACCACAGAAAUACCUGCCACCUGUUGUGCCCACAACUCCACCACAACCUAAAUACUUGCCACCUGUGAAGCCAACCAACCCUCCACAGCCGAAAUACUUGCCACCCCCACAACCCAAAUCGGGUUAUGAUUACCCCAAACCCGCCAUUCCAUUCCCUCCACCCACUAACCCACCGCAGAAAUAUCUGCCACCUGUUGUGCCCACAACUCCACGACAGCCGAAGUACUUGCCUCCUGUAAAGCCUACAAACCCACCGCAGCCCAAGUAUCUGCCACCCCCGCAACCCAAGUCGGGUUAUGAUUAUCCCAAGCCAGCCAUUCCAUUCCCACCACCCACUAACCCACCACAGAAAUACCUGCCACCAGUGAUCCCAACAUCCCCACCAGUGCCAAAAUAUCUCCCCCCCACUAACCCACCAACACCCAAGUACUUGCCACCAGUGCAGGUGAAACAGGGUUACGACUAUCCCAAGCCCGCCAUUCCAUUCCCACCACCCACUGCCCCACCUCAGAAGUACUUGCCACCCGUGACCACAACCCAAGCACCACCUCCACCACCGCCCACAGUGAAGUACCUACCUCCACCACAAGUCAAGCAGGGUUACGACUAUCCCAAACCCGCCAUUCCAUUCCCACCACCCACGAAUCCCCCGCAGAAGUACCUGCCCCCCGUCGUGCCCACCAGUCCGCCCACCCCCAAAUACCUGCCACCAGUGCAGGUUAAGCAGGGCUACGACUAUCCCAAGCCAGUCAUCCCAUUCCCCCCACCCGCCCCCAAAACCGAGGGCUAUUCCUACCCGAAGCCGGCGAUCGCCUUCGACUUCUGAAGAAUCAUCCGUCGAUCGGCCACUCAUCACUGAUUAAAUGACACAAUUGCCUCUGUGUGCGCAUAGUGAUCCUUAGGAACGUACGAAAUUGAAUAAUUGUAAUUAACUGUAAUAUUUAAUUUAAUACUUAUCUUUAAUGAUGUACCGGGUAUCUUGCCUGCGGACUCUCCAAUCGAACUUAGUCAUUAAAAUAUGUUUAUUAAAUUUAUGUUUUAACGAUUACGCAAUGCUGCCGAAA